UCCCCCACGCGAUUGAGCACAGAGUAGAGCAGAGAGGGAAAGAGAGUAGAGUGACAUCGACGAAACGCAGACGCUCUGUAUCGAAGCGAAGAACGGAGAAUCCGAUCAAGAACGAGAGAGGGGAAGGAAGGAAUUGAUGAAAGCUACGAGAUGGAGAUAGAACCCGUCGGAAAUGUGGUUAGGACUCUGCAAACGGCGAAACGCCGACGAGUUCACAUAGACCGUCACGUAACGGUCGAAGGUCGCCACCGGAGGGUCAGAAUUCCUGCAACCUGUGCUUCUGGUAUCUUCCGUCUUACUCGGGAACUCGGUCACAAAUCCAACGGAGAAACGAUUCAAUGGCUCUUGGAGCAGGUUCGUCCUGAACUCGUUAUCCCCAAGCCCAAAAUAUCUCCAUCCAAGAGACGUUUGGCUGGGAACUCCGCCAACGAUUCCGCUCCCAAACCCAUCUCUAUCGCUUACCCUGAACCUGAAGCCAGUGCUAAUGGCGCUGGGGUCAUUGCUCUUCUACCUGCUCCUGACGACGCUGAGCUGGUGAUAUCGGCAGGCGAAGCCGUCACAACGUUUGAUGCGGAGGGUCCCCUGCCGACGGUGCGAGCUACUGUUGUGCAGGCAUCGACUGUCUUCUACGAUACUCCUGCGACCUUAGAUAAAGCAGAAAGAUUGAUUGCAGGUGCUUCUGCUUAUGGCUCACAAUUAGUUGUGUUUCCAGAAGCAUUUGUUGGUGGUUAUCCUCGUUGUUCAAGCUUUGAUGUUCCAACUGGGAUGCUACCAGCUGAGGGGAACAGUGAGUUCCUGAAGUAUCAUGCCUCAGCUGUUGACGUGCCUGGUCCUGAAGUUGACCGACUUGCUGCAAUUGCUGGAAAAUACAAAGUUCACUUAGUUAUAGGAGUGGUGGAGAGAGAGGGAUUCAAGCUUUUCAGCACUGUUCUGUUCUUUGAUUCACAGGGCCAGUAUCUUGGGAAACACCGCAAGCUCAUGCCCACUUCAUCAGAAUGCAUGGUAUGGUGUUCUGGGGAGAAGACAACACUGCCUGUAUAUGAGACAUCAAUUGGGAAGAUAGGCGGUCUUAUCUGCUGGGAUAAUAGAUUGCCACUUUUAAGAACGGAGCUGUAUGCUAGAGGUAGUACAAGCACUUUGGACAACUCAAUAGCUGGGCCUAUCAAUUUGUGUUCUUGUAAUGGCAUUGAAAUAUAUUGUGCACCUACAGCGGAUGCCAGGGAUGUAUGGCGUGCAUCAAUGACCCACAUUGCUAUUGAAGGUAGCUGCUUUGUUCUUUCUGCGAAUCAGUUCUGCCAAAGGAAAGAUUAUCCAUUUUCAGAGGAAUGUGUGUCUGGAGAUGCAAACAACAAUCUGUCACCAGAAUCGGUAAUUUGUGCUGGAGGCAGUGUAAUUAUUUCACCAUCAGGCGUUGUUUUGGCAGGACCCAAUUACCAAGGGGAGUCUCUCAUCUCAGCUGAUCUAGAUCUUGGAGAAAUUGCACGGGCAAAGUGUGAUUUCAAUUGUGGCGGACAAAGUGCAGCAGAUAACUCUCCUGCCAUGAUCAAGAAUGACUACAAUCCAGUUUCAUUUGCAGCUGCGGUGAAAACAGAAGCUACCAGUGAGUAGUAAUAGAAAUAUUUGGGGGAGUCAUGUUCUGAAUCACCAUCCUUCUCCAGCCUUGCAGCCGGGCUAUGUCUAUUUUGUGGAUUGUACAAAUCUCCUCAAUUUAUUCUUCUAACCCAUGCAUAUGAGGCCUUUUUUGACGCUCAUGAUUGGGAUUUCGGAAACUGAGUCUUUGUGGAAUAUGUGCCUCCCUAGGACUCUGUUGGGUGAAAUGGAUAAUAUAGCAAAUAGAUGAGGUGCCUCAUCGGGUUUCUAUUGAAUGAGCCUGAUUGAAAGGCUGCUUUCGCUGUUUGCAGUUGGGGAUUGUAGAAGUACAUAACUUAGUGAGCAGACUAUGACUUUGGAGGUGAUCUUCUUUUACUCUUUUCCAUUUGGCAUUGCAUGUUAUUGUAUAUAGCAUCUCUAGAACUAGCAAACCUUUUAUAACAAAGACAGAAUGAGUUGAAAGGCAGGGAAUCCGGUUCUCUGCUAUUGAGUUCCCAA